AUGCAAUAUUUUACGCAUGAAGAAAAGUACAUUCCAAAAGUUAAAGGUCAUGACGAUAACUCUUCUAAAGUAAAUGAUGAGAACGUAAAAACGGAAUCAUACGCUCCUGGUACAAUUUAUCAAGAACUCACCAUCGCGGACGAUCAAGUUUCGUCCCAUUCAUCAAACCAAUCGAACGAUCAUCAUCCAGGAUUCUUUCAAAAGACUUCAACAAUAGUUUUUUUUGUUAUAGCCAUAAUAUUGGUUUUAAUUAUCGGGAUCAUAUUAACUUACUUCAUUAAUCGGAAAAGAAAGAGGAUAGAACGUGGGCCCCGCAAAAUUAAAACGUGGAAAGGUCCCCCAAUAAUCAAGAGUCAAAUAACUCCAACAGGAACUACCACACCGGUUCAGGUUCCGCAUCAAACACCUCCAACGUCUCAAACAUCUCGACAAUCAAAAGUGCAAGAAUCUGCACCAUAUCAUGUUCCCAAUACUACAGACCCUAUUGGAAGAGUUCCUUUACAGUCUCAAUCGAGUCGAUCUUCUUCAGCAAGUAGAGGGUCACUUUCAGUUCAUGAACCAUCUGACAUCGAACCACCAAUCAUACAACAACAUCCACAACAUCCACCUGACUAUUUUAAUCCAAUAAUUGACAAUCCGCUUAUACACCACCCAAUUGGUACGGGGGAUCCACCCGACAAUCCCGGACCUCCGUUGCCUCCUACUCCUCUUAGACGACCUUCUCGACAUGGAAGUUCUCCUUAUCGAGGACCUCACUAG